AUGGAUGUGAUGGAGAUGGUUACUAUUGGGCCCUUCCGCAUCCUACUGAUGUUUAGUUGCUUAGGAUAUGAAUGGAUGAGCGGGACUGAAGGAAGCAGCCGCCCAGAAGCAGGGACAGGGAGCUGGUUGGGGAGGACUAGAAAUCAGAAGGUUAUCAGUUAUCUGCCUGACCAUUUUCAGCCUGGGCCUGACUUUUUUGGAAUUCCUUGGAGAGCUAUCAUUAUUGUGUUUCUAGGAAUCUCUACACUUGGCAUUUUCCUCUGGAAAACUAGCUUUGGUGUGUCUUUCCUCAAGAUUGUCUUAAAGUUACAAAAUGUACAUGACAGAUCCACGGAUGUACAGCGGAGAGCCUGGAGGUCCAAUAGCCGUAGGCAAGAAGGGCUGAGGUCCACUUGUACACACACAAAGAAAAGGGUUUCUUCCUUUCCGGGAAUUAAAAUUGCCCUGGAAGACCUCUUUACUUCACGGAGCUUUAUGGAAGCCAGAGUUCGAGCUGAAGUCCAUAAGGUGACAACGAAGGUCAACAGUCAUUACCAAAUCAAUGGACAGAGGAAGACUACCGAGAAAGGGGAAUCGUUUCAAGGCGCGCAAGAGUUGCAGUGGCGGGCAGAGGACUCCUACAGACGCAAAAUCGCCCCUUCUGCAAGAAAGGCUCUUGACAACCAGGUAAGUUUGUUUGUUUUGCUUGCUUUUGGACAUAGUCUGCCAGGUCAGAACGUGGAUGUAUUUUUCUCCCCACAGCUCUUUGCUCAAACCUUGCAGUGGGAGAUGACCGAGAGGAAGGCUUACAAGCAGCACGGGUGUGAAAUGAGGGAAAAGCAGAGAAUGCCAGAGAGACACAUGAGUGAGGAGUCAGUCCAGGAACGACCGGGCCUAAAGAACCCUUUCUGGAGAGCAGAUUCAGGAUCUCAUUCGGUUCCCAUGAGGAGCAGCCACUGCGUCCCAGCUGGAAACACAGAGAAGACAAAGGUCAGUAUGGUUGCAGGGAAGCAUCAUCAUUCCUCAGGAUUGCCCUACUACCCGCCCUACCUCAUGGCUGAAACUGUAAGACAAUGGAUGGCGCACCAGCUGCCUCCUCCAUCUCAGUAUCAUCUGGGAGCUCAACCACUUCCAUCAGCUAAACGUUUUCUGGGACCUCCGACUAUUUCUCAACUCAAGCGUCCCCUAGGACCUCAAGAACCUUCUACAACUGAUGAUUUUCGGAGACCACAGAGCCCUCCAGUUGACUGUCCCCUGGGACCUCAAGCAUUUUCUCCAGCGGAUGACUCUCGGAGGCUGCAGACACCUCACGAGUGUCUUCUAGUACCUCCUCCAUCUUCUCCAGCUGAUGACUAUCUGACACUGCAGACACCUCCCGAGUGUCUUCGGGUACCUCUGCCACCUUCUCCACCUGAUGAUUUUCAGACACUGCAGACGCCACCUGAGUGUCAUCGGGUACCUCUUCCACCUUCUCCACCUGAUGAUUUUCAGACACUACAGAGGCCACCCGAGCGUCUUCGGGUACCUCUUCCACCUUCUCCACCUGAUGAUUUUCAGACACUGCAGACGCCACCCAAGUGUCUUCGGGCACCUCUUCCACCUUCUCCACCUGAUUUUCAGACACUGCAGACGCCACCCGAGUGUCUUCGGGUACCUCUUCCACCUUCUCCACCUGAUGAUUUUCAGACACUGCAGACGCCACCCGAGUGUCUUUGGGCACCUCUUCCACCUUCUCCACCUGAUUAUUUUCAGACACUGCAGACGCCACCCGAGUACACUGCAGACGCACCCGAGUGUCUUCGGUCACCUCUUCCACCUUCUCCACCUGAUGAUUUUCAGACACUGCAGACGCCACCCGAGUGUCUUCGGGUACCUCUUCCACCUUCUCCACCUGAUGAUUUUCAGACACUGCAGACGCCACCCGAGUACACUGCAGACGCCACCCAGUGUCUUCGGGCACCUCUUCCACCUUCUCCACCUGAUUAUCAGACACUGCAGUCGCCACCCGAGUGUUUUUGGGUACCUCUUCCACCUUCUCCACCUGAUGAUUUUCAGACACUGCAGACGCCACCUGAGUGUCUUCGGGCACCUCUUCCACCUUCUCCACCUGAUGAUUUUCAGACACUGCAGACGCCACCCGAGUGUCUUCGGACACUGCAGACGCCACCCAAGUGUCUUUGGGCACCUCUUCCACCUUCUCCACCUGAUUAUCAGACACUGCAGACGCCACCCGAGUGUUUUUGGGUACCUCUUCCACCUUCUCCACCUGAUGAUUUUCAGACACUGCAGACGCCACCCGAGUGUCUUCGGGCACCUCUUCCACCUUCUCCACCUGAUGAUUUUCAGACACUGCAGACGCCACCCGAGUGUCUUUUGGUGAAUGCAUCCCGGCAGGAUAUUGAAGACGCUGAAGAAACAGCAACUCAAGCUUGUGGUGGGACAGAUUCCACAGAAGGAUUGUUUAAUAUGGCCAAAACCUUCCUUCCAGAGGAGCCGCCCCGCUAUGUCACCAAAUCCCCCUCCACACUUAAGUGUGCAGCCCGGGACACCCAUCUAACUUUCUAUCACGAACAUUUUCAAACAGACAUAAAAGUAGAGCGUCCCCUAAAUUCUUCAGGCUGCUGA